CGGCCAUACAACUCGACACCGUCUCCCGCCUCUCACGCCAUGACGACUGCUGAGGCCGAUGCGCCCGCUGCUACCGAUGCCGUGCGCAGGUCUGCAAAGAGGACACGCGAGCUCUUCGCCGCCGACUUUGGUCAGGCGUCGGCUCUCGUGAAGCCGCCGCAGCCAGCCAUUGCUCCAGACGAUGCCUCACCACUCGAUCGGGCACAGAAAGCGAGUGUCGCGGCGCGCAUCCACAGCGAGUACGCCGAUGUCCAGGAGCUGCCUGCCAUUCUGGCCCAGAAGCAGGCAAAUGCACAGGCUGGAUUGGCCGCGAGGAGGAAGAAGCCCAAGACCACCGACGAAGCAAGCGAUCCGCAGAUGGCCCAGAUGAUCGAGAGCGCUGCAUCGUCGCAACAUCACAAGGCACAGUCCAAUGGCACUUCGACUGCGCUCACUCGUAUCAACGGCACAGCAGGCGCAAAAGCCCCUCCGAAUGCGAAUGGUCCAACGCCGCAGCGCAACACUCCAGGAAGCAGUCUGGUCCGGCGCGACACCGUAAGACAACAGAAGCCGCAGUGGCAUCCUCCGUGGAAGCUCUUCCGUGUCAUCUCGGGCCAUUUGGGCUGGGUUCGUGCUCUAGCUAUGGAGCCAGGCAACCAGUGGUUCGCGUCGGGUGCUGGAGAUCGUACAAUCAAAAUAUGGGACUUAGCCACGGGAACGCUGAAGCUCACUCUCACUGGUCACAUCUCUUCCGUGAGAGGGCUUGCGGUGAGUCCUCGGCAUCCAUAUCUUUUCAGCUGUGGCGAAGACAAGAUGGUCAAGUGCUGGGAUCUGGAAACCAACAAAGUCAUCCGCCACUACCAUGGCCACUUGUCUGGGGUGUACACGAUGAGCCUGCAUCCAACGCUCGAUGUUCUAUGUACUGGAGGUCGGGAUGGAGUAGUGAGAGUGUGGGAUAUGCGCACGCGCUCGAACAUCCACGUCCUGGGCGGGCACAAGGGCACGGUGUCCAGCAUUGUCACGCAAGCGACAGAUCCUCAAAUCAUCUCUGGUAGUCUGGACAGCACAAUCCGAAUGUACGAUCUUGCAGCAGGCAAGACGAUGGGUGUCUUGACCCACCACAAAAAGGGUGUUCGUUCACUCACCACUCACCCGACUGAGUUCACUUUUGCAUCUGCAGCCCCUGGGCAGAUCAAACAAUGGCUUUGUCCCAAGGGCGACUUCAUGAUGAAUUUCGAGGGACACAACAGUGUCAUAAAUUCUCUUGCGGUCAACGAAGACAAUGUCUUGUUCAGCGGAGGUGACAAUGGUACCGUUGCGUUUUGGGACUGGAAGACCGGCCACAGAUUUCAGUACGAGGACAGUAUAGCGCAGCCUGGUUCGCUUGAUGCUGAAGCUGGCAUCAUGACCAGCACCUUUGAUCACACUGGCUUGCGUUUGAUCACGGGAGAAGCGGAUAAGACAAUCAAGGUGUGGAAGCAGGAUGAAAGCGCCACCGAAGAGACCCACCCUCUGCAGUGGGCACCUACACUCGGCCGGCAGAAGUUCUAGUCCUGUACCGUCUAUAUCCCCAGAGGAUUAUUGCAACGAGACCAUGGAAUCGCAACAAAGAAGUUGCAACCUCCAGUCCACGAGACGUGGUUGUAAUUCUUGGUGACAGGCACCACAGGCUUCUCUUUGGACAAUGAAGCCAUGAUCAGCCCAAGCAAGAGCACAACUCAGAUGAUUCGGGUUCAUGCUGACAACUGGGCAGCGGCACUUUUGGCUGCAAGGCCUAGCGUAAAACACCGUCAACAUUCAUCGGUUGGGCUAUCUUGAGGCGCGACCAGGCUGGAGCACUCAGCGCAGAAAUGAGGGGCUGAUUCUCUCGAGAAGGACUCGGCCUUUGCGCACGCGUGCUGCUGUAUACAAGCUGGCUCAUACCACAGACCAGCCCGCGCCCAUGUCAGGGGAUGGGCCUGGUAGUGUCAUAGAUUUCCGACAUGUAGACGGCACGUACAUGUCGAGAUGUUCGUUGGCGCGCAAGCACCGGCUUGACCGUCCUGUACUUCCUAUAAUCACCUGACCCAAUUCAUUUGAGAAGUCCUGCCAUGGGCGGUCGUACUGUUAUGUGUAUCAUCCCUGGAUUCCGGGAAAGCCAUCUCCAUGGCUCCUCAUACUCUGUGCCUUCGUAGUGCCAAGCACGACAUUGACCAUGGGAGUGUCCGACCAUUGCAGAGAUACCAGCAAUUAAAAAAUUGGUUUCACGACGUAGGUAAUGAACCGUAUUUCCAGGCAUAAGAUCAAGUCAGUUCAAGGAAGAACUCCCCGACGUACCGUACUGUAUACGCUGCGAGCAUGUGAGAACUGGUGCGUCGCAAGUGCAUCCAAUCUGACGUGCUGACACCAAUCAAUGGACACAGCAGCGAUCCUCAGUCGUUGUUCUGAACUCUCAGGACAACCGUGUGAAACGAAGCACAGUUGUUACCUACUUGCAUACCUUAGGGUCUGACGGCUUGGAUUGGGGCAGGCGACCAUUUCCAACCGGGCUGUUCAUCAGUACAUGCAUGACUUAGCAUCACAUUGCUUGCAUGUACAUGUAUGUAUCGGAAGGGUCUUGGAUAGAGCUGAUGACAGCAUCAAGAUCAAUGACAUGACGCGAAGGCACUGCCGCUGGCUCAGCGACUUCUUUCUCAGUUUUACACAAAUCCAAGUUGCAUCGCUUUCUAGAGUAGCGAGACCAGGUCCGAUGAGGAUGUCUCGAAGAGGACAACAUCCUUUUGAAAGGUGGUGCAAAAGGUAUGGGCUGCUACAUGGUGACUUUUUCCCAGAGUAAACUCCAAGGUCCUUGAUCAAGCACUGGACCACAAUACAUCGUGCAAGACUCUACUCGUCGAGUGUACAGCAUUAUUGUUUCAAAGUUGUCAAUCUGAAAUCAUGCGAACCUGGCUGCCAGUGCUGCUACAGAAUCACAGGCCCACCCACACCCUUCCACUUCCACCUGACGGCAAGAUCUCGAUCCGGUUCACGGGUGUUGAUGAAAGUGGUGGCAGACGAGAAGUCAGGGCUACUGUAAGAUAUGAAUCUCGAACCGAACUUGGGAAAGCCUAGGGCCAAAUGACGAGGUUCGUGGUUUCUCGCUCAAUCUGCUUGUGGAGGCAUGCGAGCGUCGAUGGGGUCACCAAUAUCUUGGUCUCAAUGUUGUGCAUUGUGAUGUGAUUGCUGAUCGCUUUGGAAUCACGUCGCCAAUCAAUGUCCACUGGCCGCGUUCUCCUACUCGAGCGGCCACUUUCAUCAUGCAGUUCUUGAAGCUGUGCUUCGUUCGGUGACCUUUGAUGAUACUUUGCGCUUCGGCAUCAUGACCAAAAUCUGUUUAGGCUUGUCGAGACUGUGAAGUAAGCAUCCGCAGGCCGAUGAUUCGUUACCAUAUAGUCUCGUGUAAGCUGUUGCCGUUGCCUGCGAAGUGAGGUGUGGCUUUUUGAGCAGAAUGUGAGAUUGCUGCAAGUCGUCUGAAAUUCCUUGGCAACCUGUACACUAGCGCCCGACUUUUGCAAGCAGUCGCUCCUCUACGCCAUCAAGUAUGUAGUUGUGCUCGAUGACCUCGAGGUUUUCAAUCUCGGCUUUGAACUGCUUAUCGGGAUCCUCCGCACCACCCAUUGGAUUCUGACCCAUCUGCGACUGAGCCAUCUGUUGAGCAACUUGUGAGGCCGCAUUGUUGCUCCCCAAGAUGAAGUUGUACACAGGUUGCAAUCCGAACAGGGUCAGAAAAUACCAACUGAGACUGCUCACCCAUCGUACGUCGAGGUCCCUCGUGCCCACGCCCGCUUGCAGCAUCUGCUUGAAUUGCGGUGUAAGAGGGAAGGGGAGUUUCAUGAUGACAUAGCCGCUGAAGAAAGCGUUGAUCCAUCCCAUGAUCAAUGACUGCGGUACCAUCAUCGCCACGUUGCCCUUCAUCAUGCCCAUCAUGCCGUCCAUUGCUCCCGGAUCCGUGAGUGGGUUGGCCGGUGGCUUGCCCCUGUUCUCUGGGUCUGCCAGAAACCUGCCCUCCUUGACCGCUUCGUGGUAGAACUCUUUUCUCUUUUCGAACGCGGCUUUGCUGAUUUGCGUGUUGUUCAUACGGAGGUUCUGCAUGCGAAGAAGAGAGCGCUGUUGGCGGGUUUUCGGCAACGGCUGCGGUUUCGGCGUUGAUUGCAGGAGAGUCGAGAGAUAGUGGCGCAAGAUACCGGUCAAGACCAUGACGAUGGUGAUGGGAAGCAGGAUCCAGUAGAAGAGGGCAGGAUCCCGAUGGAUCUGCUGUUCAACUACACCCGCGGCCCCCAUGACUGCGAAUGUCUGGACAGCCUGUACGUCAGCUUGUGAUGUUGCGAUGUGGUCUGGCGGCUGUAUGGUAUGAG